AUGAAUGUGAUUCAAUCCGAUAAGCGUCCCUUUAAAUCGUUUACUAAAACUAAAAAUGAAUUGGUACGCAAGGAUGCCGCAUUGGGUAUACGCGGCUCACUGUUUCUACCUGUUAACCCUCAUAAAGCCGUGAAUAAUAUUCGUAAAUUCAAGUCUACAGCACCUCGGUAUAAAUUUGAUCAAAAUAUUUCUACAUCUAAAAGACCCAUGGGCCCUCCAUCAGGACCUGCCCCGAGUAUCAAACGAAAAGUAACUUACACAUCAAGUUCAGCGAAGCCGGACUCCACUUCACGAAGUCAGACACGCGUUCUUGCUAGUGAUUCAGCAUCAGAUUUUUGUACACCAAGAAACAAACCUUCAGCGUUAAGAUAUAUUAGUAGUAGUAGUAAAGGUAAUAGUGGCAUGAGAACAGCUAAAUCUACCAGCACAUCAGUUGUAGAGGCUAGUGUUAUACUUGCUAUAUCUGAAGGUCGUGGGAUGGCUCGAGGUGAAAUUGGUAUGGCAGCUGUUGAUUUGAGACGACCCAAUCUGAUAUUAUGCCAGUUCAGUGAUACGCUGCUAUACACACAUACACUCACCAAGAUUAACUACUUCAAUCCCAUUGAAAUAAUAGUACCUCAUACAUUCUGCGAAGGUGCCCAAACAAAUCAGCUGUACCAGUUGAUAAAGGACCAAUUCCCUUUAGUUAAUGUAACAGCUGUUCAGAGAAGACAUUUCAACGACGCAGCCGGGAGGCAGAACAUACACACGCUCUGCGCCCCACAGUAUAGCGCUGUAUAUCUCCUUGUUAUACAUAAAUUUUAUGCUCUAACUGCCGCUGCGGCUGUUCUGAAGUACGUCGAAUAUAUACAGUGUAUUGUAUUCGCUAGAGAAUCUCUGAAGAUUGAGUAUCACUCGUCUGAAAACACAAUGAUUAUUGAUGUAGGUACAGCCACUCAGUUGGAGUUGGUUCAACCUUUGGUGGCAUCAGCUGGGCCAACUUGUUGUUUACUAGGAGUUCUUGGACCAACCUACACUAUAGGUGGUAUUAGGGCUCUUAGAGCGGCUAUACUUCAACCUUCAUGCGAUAAAAACUUCAUUGAAUGCAGACUGGAUUCAGUACAGGAAUUGAUAGAAAACGAUACAGGAUUAAUGGUGGAUUUACAGGAUGUUAUAAAAAAAUUAUCGGAAAUCGAUAAAAUUUUAUUCCUAUGCAUCGAAACUGCAAAUGAAAAUAUAGAAAAACAUGGAGAGGCUCAGUUGAAUCAGGUGCUACUACUCAAAACAAGUAUGGAACUGGUGCCGAGACUAGUUGAAGCUUUGCAACAUGCUAACAGUACAGGAUUGAGGAACAUAAAGACGGCCUUUGAAAACCCACACUACGAAGAAAUAUCUAAUAGAAUUAAGACCGUCAUACAAGAGGAUGCGCAUUUAGAAAAGGGAGCUAUGGGAAGUAUGCAACGAUGCUUUGCGGUGAAACCAGAAAUCAAUGGCCUCUUGGACGUAGCUAGGAGAACGUAUUCAGAGCUCAUUGAGGACAUACAAAAAAUAGUCGAACAACUCAGUGAAACAUAUGAUCUUCCUUUGAGACUUAACCAGAAUGUAAUGAAAGGUUUCCAUAUAGUGUUGCCAGUCGCACCUAAAAAUAGAAGACAAUUUAACGUUGAAGAAUUACCAUCGAUAUUCAUACAGGUUGUGUUUAAUGGAGCGAGUGUUACAAUGACUACAGAAGAAAUAGUUGUUCUCGACCAACAAGCGAAGGAGUCGCUUAAUGAAAUACAAAAAAUGAGCAACAUUGUAAUAUGGACGCUAUUGAAAGAACUUCGUCCAUUUAUGUCCAGUUUGUAUAACUUGUGUGAAAAUGUCGCUGAAUUGGACAUAUUACUAUCAUUGGCUCAGGCAAGCACAGUGGGUUCAUAUAUAAGGCCUAAUUUCGAUAAUUAUCUUGAUAUAAGAAACAGCGUUCAUCCACUUCUUGAUUAUAACAGUCAAGUGUUGCCAGUUCCAAACGAUAUUUUUGCAAGUCCCGAGUACAACUUCACAAUAAUAACAGGACCGAAUAUGGGAGGAAAAAGUAUUUAUAUAAAACAAAUUGCUAUUAUACAUGUAAUGGCUCAAUUAGGUUGUUUUGUACCAGCUACUAACGCUGUGGUCAGACUAUGCGACCGUAUAUUCUCAAGAAUAGGUUUCAACAAUAGUAUUGAAUUCAAUGCUUCUAGUUUUGUUAUUGAGAUGAAGGAAAGUCAACAUAUAUUAAAAGGGCUUACAUCUUCGAGUUUGGUUAUAAUCGACGAACUUUGCCGUGGAACAAAUGUUGAAGAAGGGACCAGUAUAGCGUGGUCUAUUUGUGAGGAACUCCUUAUGAGUGAGGCAUUCACAUUUUUAACAACCCAUUUCAUGUAUCUAACGAAACUUGAAGAUUUAUACUACAAUGUUAUAAAUGUCCACACAGCUGUGAAAGAGGAAUCCCAAGGUUCAGAUGUAUUGGAAAAAAGAUUGAUAUAUCAACAUAAAAUUGAACCUGGAAUUACACAGAUUAAACAUUACGGUAUAGCAUUAGCUGCUAAGACAAAUCUACCAGAAGAUGUUGUCAAUUUGGCUAAAGAACUUGCUGAACUAAUAGAGAAUUCAGAUAUAGCUGAAGCUUCGACUCAAAUUCUCGAAGAGAAUUCGGAAUCUGAUACAAGAGAAAACAAUAUGUCAGUUGAUGAAGAAUUAAUGAGGGAAACUUUAGACGAAAUUAAAAAAGAUUUGAAUGUAACCGGCGCAGCGAUGUCGCUGCCGCCAUAUCUGUUGGGGCCCAACCCCUGGGCUACCAUGAUGGCGCAGCAGCAGCUAGCGGCAGCUCAACAAGCAGCGCUUCAAGCGCAUGCUGCCGCUGCCGCUGCUGCUCCGCCUGUGCCGCCGACCCAGCCACCUAAACCUCAUCAUAUACCAGAGGAAAAGAUCAAAGAGAAAGCUCAAAAAUGGCUUCAACUGCAGUCAAAGCGUUUCUCGGACAAGAGGAAAUUCGGUUUCGUGGAUGCCCAAAAGGAAGAUAUGCCUCCGGAGCACAUUCGAAAGAUAAUCCGAGAUCAUGGCGAUAUGACCAGCCGCAAGUAUCGUCAUGACAAACGUGUGUAUUUGGGAGCCCUUAAAUAUAUGCCACACGCUGUAAUGAAGCUGCUAGAAAACAUGCCAAUGCCCUGGGAACAGAUCAGAGAUGUAAAUGUUCUGUACCACAUAACCGGUGCUAUAACAUUUGUCAAUGAGAUUCCCUGGGUCAUAGAGCCAGUGUAUAUCGCGCAAUGGGGUACUAUGUGGAUAAUGAUGCGUAGAGAGAAACGUGAUCGUCGGCAUUUCAAGCGUAUGAGAUUCCCGCCAUUUGAUGAUGAAGAACCACCAUUGGAUUAUGCUGAUAACAUUUUAGAUGUUGAACCUCUGGAACCCAUACAAAUUGAAUUAGAUCCGGAGGAAGACGGAGCCGUAGCUUCGUGGUUUUACGACCACAAACCUUUAUUGGGAACAAAACACGUGAACGGCUCGACAUACAGAAAGUGGAAUCUUAGCUUACCACAAAUGGCUACACUGUAUCGUCUUGCAAAUCAGCUUCUAACUGACUUAGUAGACGAUAAUUACUUCUACCUCUUUGAUUCCAAAAGUUUCUUUACCGCGAAAGCCUUAAACAUGGCAAUUCCCGGAGGUCCCAAGUUUGAACCACUUGUCAAAGACAACUCAGCGGGUGAUGAAGACUGGAAUGAAUUCAACGACAUCAACAAGAUUAUUAUUCGUCAACCAAUCAGAACCGAGUACAGAAUAGCGUUCCCGUACCUUUACAACAACUUGCCGCAUUUCGUCCAAUUAUCCUGGUAUCAUACUCCGAAUGUGGUGUAUAUAAAAACAGAAGAUCCGGACUUGCCAGCCUUCUACUUUGAUCCGCUUAUCAAUCCAAUAUCUCACCGUCAUACAGUGAAGUCAUUAGAUCCAGUUCCAGAAGAAGAAGAUUUCUUGCUACCUGAAGAAGUAGCGCCAUUCCUACAGGAAACGGCUUUGUAUACAGACAACACUGCUAACGGGAUCGCUUUGUUGUGGGCUCCGCGACCAUUUAGCAUGAGAUCAGGUCGUUCCCGGCGAGCAAUCGACGUUCCUCUAGUGAAGACAUGGUACAAGGAACACUGCCCGCCAGGACAGCCCGUUAAAGUGCGUGUGUCAUAUCAAAAACUACUCAAGUACUACGUGCUCAAUUCGCUCAAACACAGACCUCCUAAGCCACAGAAGAAAAGAUAUCUCUUCCGUUCGUUCAAAUCGACGAAGUUCUUCCAAACUACGACCUUAGAUUGGGUGGAGGCUGGUCUCCAAGUAUGCAGACAGGGCUACAACAUGCUCAAUCUGCUGAUACACAGAAAGAAUCUUAAUUACCUGCAUUUAGAUUAUAAUUUCAACUUGAAACCAGUUAAGACUCUCACAACUAAAGAGAGAAAGAAGUCUCGGUUUGGUAAUGCAUUCCACUUAUGCCGCGAGAUCCUCCGCCUCACAAAACUGAUAGUGGACUCUCAUGUUCAAUAUCGUCUGAACAACGUGGACUCGUUCCAGCUAGCGGACGGUCUUCAAUACAUUUUCGCUCACGUCGGUCAACUCACUGGCAUGUACAGAUACAAGUACAAACUCAUGAGACAGAUAAGAAUGUGCAAGGACUUGAAACAUCUCAUAUACUACAGAUUUAAUACGGGUCCAGUAUCUAAAGGUCCCGGCUGUGGUUUCUGGGCGCCUGGUUGGCGUGUGUGGUUGUUCUUCAUGCGAGGUAUCACACCGUUACUUGAGCGAUGGCUUGGAAACCUACUGUCGAGACAAUUCGAGGGUCGACAUUCGAAAGGUGUCGCAAAAACGGUGACGAAACAGCGUGUAGAGUCUCACUUCGACCUGGAACUGCGAGCAUCUGUAAUGCACGAUAUAGUGGACAUGAUGCCUGAAGGUAUCAAACAGAAUAAGGCCAGAACUAUCCUACAACAUCUCUCUGAAGCCUGGAGAUGCUGGAAAGCUAAUAUUCCAUGGAAGGUCCCAGGUCUUCCUACUCCCAUAGAGAACAUGAUCCUUCGUUACGUUAAAAUGAAGGCUGACUGGUGGACAAAUACAGCGCAUUACAACAGAGAGAGAAUACGUCGCGGAGCAACUGUAGACAAAACUGUUUGUAAGAAGAACUUGGGAAGACUGACUCGACUGUACUUAAAGGCUGAGCAGGAGAGACAGCACAAUUAUUUAAAGGAUGGCCCAUACAUAUCUCCCGAGGAAGCCGUCGCUAUUUAUACAACAACAGUCCACUGGCUCGAGUCCCGACGUUUCGCGCCAAUACCCUUCCCUCCCCUAUCAUACAAACACGACACCAAACUACUCAUAUUAGCCUUGGAGAGACUCAAAGAAGCUUACAGCGUUAAAUCGAGGCUGAAUCAAAGUCAAAGAGAAGAACUGGGUCUUAUAGAACAGGCGUAUGAUAAUCCACACGAGGCGUUGUCUAGGAUAAAACGUCAUUUGCUCACACAGAGGACUUUCAGAGAGGUGGGCAUAGAAUUCAUGGACCUCUACUCACAUCUAGUGCCAGUAUACGACGUGGAACCUCUAGAGAAGAUUACGGACGCGUACCUCGAUCAAUAUCUUUGGUAUGAAGCUGACAAACGUCGUCUUCUACCGCCGUGGGUCAAACCCGCUGAUACAGAGCCCAGCCCGCUACUCGUGUAUAAAUGGUGUCAAGGUAUCAACAAUCUUCAAGAUGUAUGGGAAGUCGGCGAAGGUGAAUGCAACGUUUUACUUGAAUCGAGAUUUGAAAAACUUUACGAGAAAAUUGAUCUGACGCUGCUAAAUCGACUCUUGCGUUUGAUAGUGGACCACAAUAUUGCUGAUUACAUGACGGCUAAAAACAACGUCGUUAUUAAUUACAAGGAUAUGAACCAUACAAAUUCCUACGGUAUCAUACGGGGUUUGCAAUUUGCGUCCUUCAUAGUUCAGUACUAUGGUCUUGUAUUGGAUUUGUUAGUGUUGGGUCUGCAGAGGGCCAGUGAAAUGGCUGGACCUCCACAACUACCGAACGACUUCUUGUCCUAUCAAGAGAGGCCGGCGGAACAGGCGCAUCCUAUAAGACUGUAUUGCAGAUACAUUGACAGAAUACAUAUAUUCUUCAGAUUCACAGCAGAAGAAGCUCGCGACCUCAUCCAAAGGUACCUGACUGAACAUCCCGACCCCAACAAUGAGAAUAUCGUCGGCUACAACAAUAAGAAGUGCUGGCCGCGUGACGCCCGGAUGAGACUUAUGAAACACGAUGUUAACUUGGGUCGAGCGGUAUUCUGGGAUAUUAAGAACCGACUUCCACGUUCCGUAACUACAAUACAGUGGGAGAACAGCUUCGUCUCAGUCUACUCCAAGGACAACCCUAACUUGUUAUUCAAUAUGGCUGGUUUUGAGUGCAGGAUAUUGCCUAAAUGCCGUAGUCUUCACGAAGAGUUGUCACAUCGCGACGGUGUUUGGAAUCUGCAAAACGAAGUUACCAAGGAACGAACAGCUCAAUGCUACCUGCGAGUGGAUGACGAAUCACUUGCACGAUUCCACAACCGUGUUAGACAGAUAUUGAUGGCCUCGGGUUCAACGACCUUCACCAAAAUUGUCAAUAAAUGGAACACAGCUUUAAUCGGUCUUAUGACGUAUUUCCGUGAAGCCGUAGUAAACACUCAAGAGCUAUUAGACCUGCUAGUAAAAUGCGAGAAUAAAAUUCAAACUCGUAUUAAGAUUGGUUUGAACUCUAAAAUGCCUUCGCGUUUCCCGCCUGUCGUGUUCUACACGCCCAAAGAGUUAGGCGGGCUUGGGAUGUUGUCUAUGGGUCACGUUCUGAUUCCACAGUCGGAUCUGCGGUGGUCAAAACAAACAGACGUUGGCAUCACUCACUUCAGAUCGGGAAUGUCACAUGAUGAAGAUCAGCUGAUACCUAAUCUUUAUCGUUACAUACAACCGUGGGAGGCUGAGUUUGUUGACUCACAGAGAGUAUGGGCUGAAUAUGCUCUCAAGAGACAAGAGGCCAAUGCUCAGAACAGACGUCUCACACUCGAAGAUUUAGAAGACUCCUGGGAUAGAGGUAUACCAAGAAUAAAUACACUCUUCCAAAAGGACAGACAUACGCUCGCAUAUGACAAAGGAUGGCGUAUUCGUACCGAGUUUAAACAAUAUCAAGUACUGAAACAAAAUCCAUUCUGGUGGACACAUCAGCGACACGACGGUAAAUUAUGGAAUCUGAACAACUACCGUACUGAUAUGAUACAGGCCUUGGGUGGAGUGGAAGGUAUUCUGGAACAUACAUUGUUUAAGGGAACCUAUUUCCCUACUUGGGAAGGUUUGUUCUGGGAGAAGGCAUCCGGUUUCGAGGAGUCGAUGAAAUAUAAAAAACUGACCAAUGCUCAAAGAUCUGGUUUGAACCAGAUUCCAAAUCGACGGUUUACUUUAUGGUGGUCACCAACUAUCAACAGAGCCAAUGUGUAUGUUGGUUUCCAGGUGCAAUUAGAUUUGACAGGUAUAUUCAUGCACGGAAAAAUACCAACUCUCAAGAUAUCUCUUAUCCAGAUAUUCAGAGCUCACUUGUGGCAGAAAGUCCAUGAGUCGAUUGUUAUGGACUUGUGUCAAGUUUUUGAUCAAGAAUUGGAUGCUCUGGAAAUAGAAACAGUACAAAAGGAAACAAUUCAUCCUCGAAAAUCAUACAAAAUGAACUCUUCAUGUGCAGACAUUUUACUCUUCUCAGCUUACAAGUGGAAUGUCUCCCGACCCUCAUUGCUUGCUGAUACAAAGGAUACAAUGGAUAAUACGACAACGCAGAAAUAUUGGCUGGAUAUACAAUUACGUUGGGGAGACUAUGACUCGCACGAUGUCGAGAGAUACGCUCGAGCGAAGUUCUUGGACUACACAACGGAUAACAUGUCCAUAUAUCCCUCGCCCACUGGACUACUGAUUGCUAUAGAUUUGGCUUAUAAUUUGCACAGUGCAUAUGGUAAUUGGUUCCCGGGAUGCAAGCCGCUCAUACAACAGGCGAUGGCAAAAAUCAUGAAGGCAAAUCCAGCCCUAUACGUGUUGAGAGAGCGUAUACGAAAGGCUUUACAGUUGUACUCAUCAGAACCUACUGAGCCAUACUUGUCCAGUCAGAAUUAUGGAGAGCUAUUCUCAAAUCAAAUUAUUUGGUUUGUAGACGACACGAAUGUAUACCGUGUAACAAUCCACAAGACCUUUGAAGGAAAUCUCACAACUAAACCUAUUAACGGAGCAAUCUUCAUAUUCAACCCUCGGACUGGACAACUGUUCCUCAAGAUCAUUCACACUAGUGUGUGGGCUGGACAGAAACGUCUUGGACAGCUCGCAAAAUGGAAAACGGCUGAAGAAGUGGCCGCCUUAAUUCGUUCCUUGCCCGUUGAAGAACAACCCAAACAGAUUAUUGUCACAAGAAAGGGAAUGUUGGAUCCACUUGAGGUGCAUUUGCUAGAUUUCCCCAACAUUGUAAUCAAAGGUUCAGAACUACAGCUACCGUUCCAAGCGUGUCUUAAAGUGGAGAAGUUCGGAGAUCUCAUCCUCAAAGCGACUGAGCCACAGAUGGUGCUGUUCAACUUGUAUGAUGAUUGGUUAAAGACUAUAUCUUCUUAUACCGCAUUCAGCAGAUUGAUACUCAUUCUGAGAGCGUUACACGUAAACACUGAGAGAACUAAGGUACUCUUGAAACCAGAUAAAACUACACUCACUGAACCGCAUCACAUCUGGCCCACACUCACCGAUGAUGACUGGAUCAAGGUUGAAGUACAACUCAAGGACCUUAUAUUGGCUGACUACGGCAAAAAGAAUAACGUAAACGUAGCAUCACUAACACAAUCGGAAAUUCGUGAUAUUAUACUCGGUAUGGAAAUAUCAGCUCCUUCAGCACAGAGGCAGCAGAUAGCAGAAAUAGAGAAACAGAGCAAAGAACAGAGUCAACUAACAGCGACAACUACUAGGACUGUGAACAAACAUGGAGAUGAGAUUAUAACCUCCACUACAAGCAACUAUGAGUCACAGACAUUCAGUUCGAAAACCGAAUGGCGUGUAAGAGCGAUAUCAGCAACCAAUCUUCACUUGAGAACAAACCAUAUUUACGUUAGCUCUGAUGACAUCAAGGAGAGCGGCUAUACUUAUAUAUUGCCAAAGAACUUGCUCAAGAAGUUUGUUACUAUAUCCGAUUUGAGAGCACAGAUCGCCUGCUACCUAUACGGCACAUCGCCUCCCGACAACCCUCAAGUCCGUGAAGUACACUGCGCGGUUCUUCCUCCUCAAUGGGGAACACAUCAGACGGUACAUUUACCACGACAACUUCCCAAACAUCCGGCAUUAGCUCAUCUACAACCGUUGGGCUGGAUGCACACUCAGCCAAACGAACUGCCACAGCUUUCGCCACAGGAUAUAACAACUCACGCUAAAAUAAUGGCGGAAAAUCAGACGUGGGAUGGUGAGAAGACGAUCAUAAUAACGUGUUCCUUUACACCGGGGUCGUGUUCACUGACUGCGUACAAGUUGACACCCAGCGGCUAUGAAUGGGGCGCCAAGAACACGGAUAAAGGAAAUAAUCCCAAAGGAUACCUACCCAGCCACUAUGAAAGAGUGCAAAUGUUACUGUCUGAUAGAUUCUUAGGAUACUUUAUGGUGCCUUCACAGGGAAGCUGGAAUUAUAAUUUCAUGGGUGUUCGUCACGAUCCCAACAUGAAGUAUGGAGUUCAACUGGGGAAUCCUCGCGAAUUCUACCACGAGGUUCAUCGACCCGCACACUUUAUGAACUUCGCGGCCAUGGAAGACUCAGUAGCACCCAUACCUGCUGCUGACAGAGAAGACUUCUUCGCCUAG